AUGGAGCUUCAACAUUUCAGCCAUGAGCAUCCACUGAUCCCCAUGGAAGUGUCAAAGGAAAAAGGAGGCCGAGUUACCUGUUGUGCCGGGUGUUUGAAACCAAUCUUAGGUGCUGCAUAUAGUUGUACUAUUAUUUCUGAGAUCACUGAUGAAGAAUGCAAUUUCUUUCUUCACAAAAGAUGUGCGGAACUUCCCGACGAGAUUAAAAACCUCUUACACCAGCCCCAUGUGCUAUCCCUUAGCAAAGAUAAGGGUUGUUGGGAUAAACCGGAUCAAUGUGAUGUUUGUAGAAAAUAUUGUGGUGAUUUCAACUAUGGCUGUAACAUUUGCACAUUUCGAAUCUGCCUUUCAUGUUGCUUAGAGGAGUCGAAUGUGACGAUUACACAUGAAAGUCACCAUCACCCAUUAACCCUCCUCCCAAUGGAAACCUCUUUCUAUUGCAAUAUUUGCGGCACUGAAGAUAAAGACUUCUUGUAUCUAUGUAACACUUGUCAGUUUUGUAUCCAUAAGAGUUGUGCAAUGCUAUCCAACACUGCCUAUUCUAUUGAACACCGUCACCCUCUCACCCUCGUCAAGCGGAACAGAUUUAAGGAUCUGAUAUUUCAGAGGUUGGACAAGUGUAGCAUAUGUCAUGAGAUCUUCAUCCGAAAUACUUGGGCUUAUAAAUGUGACUUGUGCGAUUAUAAAUUUGUUGCCCAUGUCAAGUGUGCAACUGCACCCUCAGAGCAAAUUUCACUCGUAACUUCUGAGAAUAAACCGGGUGAACCUCUCGGCAUUAUUAAUCUAAGCUUACCUCCAGCUGAUGGUUCUACAGUUCUUAUGAGAGAUUUAGUUGAACAAAAUAUCAUUGAACAGACAGGAGGAGAAACAAAGAUAACUCAUUGGAGUCAUGAGCAACAUCCAUUAAUCCUUUUCAAUGUUCAAAAUAGCCAUGAGAUGAUGGAUGACAUAAUAUUAUGCAAUUGCUGCGUUCAAGCAAUUUCGAUUCCAUUCUACAGUUGUGAAGAGUGCAAUUAUUUUCUCCACUUAUAUUGUGCCAACUUACCAAGAGAGUUGAGACACCCAAUAAUUCAUCCCACACACCGAUUACAACUCAUUUAUGACAAUAAAUUCUAUCAUCUUCACCGGUGCAAGGCCUGUUUUUCAUACACCAACGGAUUCUUCUACAAGUGUUGUGAAGAUGAAGGAUGCGAUGUCUGCCUUGAUGUCAGAUGUGCUUUCAUGCCCGGUAGAAUUGCACAUGAAGCUCACGAGCAUCCCUUGUUUCAAAUCGAAUCGCGUGUUAUUAAGUGCAGUGGAUGUGCAUCUCAUUUGGGUGGUGUCAAAUUCAAAUGUAAUACUUGCAAGUUUGUCAUAUGCCACGGAUGUGCUCCGCUUCCACGUACCAUCAAGCAUAGAUGGGACCCGCAUCCCUUCACCCUUACCUAUCCCCCUUUCAAUGAUCUUGCGGAUGAAUUCCAUUGUGAAUUUUGUGAGAUAGAAAUAAACCAAAAGCUUUGGAUGUAUCAUUGUUGUAUUUGCGAUAAAUCUUCUCAUCUUAUCUGCAUAUAUGAUGUAUAUUCAAAGGUCCAGUUUGGGAGUACCGUUCAAGUCAAUGAGCAUCCACACCCACUCAUGUUUGUUCAAAAGUCGAAGAGGGGCACGUGUUUUAAGUGUGGUGGAGAUUCUGGUGAACGUAUCUUUUUCCAUCGUCUCUUUUUCCAAUGUCAAGAGUGUGAUUAUGCGAUUUGUAAUGAUUGUAGCUCCCUUUCUGUCGAUUGUUUUAUGGUUUGUGGUCGCUCCAUGAGAUUUCGAAGGAUAAGAGGAGGAGGAAUGAAUGGUGUAGGUGAUAAUAGGGAGUGUUCUCUCUUGCCCUCUCGGUUUCACCCUAUUGCCAUCCUUAAAAUCUCACUUCCUCCACACCACACCACGCGCAUACCAGUGACAGCGAUAUUCUUCUCUUUGUAG